AUGAAGCGCAUGAAGGAGAAGGACCCCAAUCAGAUCGCCACCGUUCAAGCAGAGAACGGUAAGGAAUUGACCUACCACAAGGUCAUCCAGGCCACUGACUGGGCUGCGCGUGCGCUGUACCAUCACGCCAAGGUCCGAAAGGGCGAUGUGGUGUGCAUGUGCAUGCUCAACACUAUCAUUUAUGGCCCUGUGGUCUACGGUGCAUUGCGCCUCGGCGCCAUCGUCUCCCCGGUGAACGCCAUCGCGGAGCCGUCGACGCUCGCGUACUUCAUGAAGGAAAGUAAUGCCAAGGUCAUCCUCGGUAUGCGCUACUUCCACAAGCAGGUUGAGGAGGCUGUCGAGAUGGUGAAAAAGGAUACGGGUAGGAAGGUGGACAUCCACUACCCGGAGGACUUCUUCAAGAAAUGGUACAUCUGGCCUGUGCCGCGCAGCUACGACGGGCUGAAGGGCGCCACCCUCGACGACACCAUUAUCAUCCCCUUCUCCAGCGGCACGGGUGGCUUGUCAAAGGGUGUGAAGUUGUCCAAUCGAGCACUGAUCGCCAACACGGAGCAGGUGGCGGCAGCCUUCCAGCUCUCACCGCAGGAAGCGGGCAUCUCAAUCCUGCCAUACUUUCAUAUCUACGGCUUCACUGCAUGCCUUAACACCGGCUAUGCCCACGGGGUGAUGCAGAUUGUCAUGUACAAGUACACCGUCGAGGACUACCUAAAGGCGUCUGAGAAGUACAGGGCAACAAUCAACCUUGUCGCCCCGCCGAUUCUCAUCUCGCUGCUCAAGAACGAAGGCCUGGUGAAGCAACACGACAUGUCGUCGCUAAAGCACUUCUGCUGUGGUGCAGCCCCGCUCGGCCCCGAGACGAUGGAGGCAGUGGAGAAGAUGCUGCCCAACGUGUCCGUGUCGCAGGCCUAUGGCAUGACGGAGAUGGCGCCGGCCGUGACUGUGCCCAAUGGGCUGAAGCACAAGGUGCCGGGCUCCUGCGGCACGCUUGUGGGCGACACAGAGCUGCGCAUCGUGAAGGUUGAUGACACCCAGCAGAGCGGCACCGACAAGUCUGCCGGCAUCGACGCAGAUCCUGGGGCAGAGGGCGAGGUGUGGGUGCGUGGCCCGCAGAUUAUGAAGGGCUAUUUGCACGAUGAGGACACCGCCUUGUGCAUGCAGGAUGGCUGGUACCGCACCGGCGACAUCGGCAGGUUCGACGUCGAGUCUGGCGAGCUCGUCAUUACUGACCGGCUGAAGGAGCUGAUCAAGUACAAAGGCUUUCAAGUGUCGCCGGCUUCUCUGGAGGCACUCUUGCUGACGCACCCGUGGGUGAAGGACUGCAUGGUGAUUGGUGUGCCGGACCCACGCGACGUGAGCUUUGAGAACCCGCGUGCGCUUGUCUCUCUCCAGCCCUCUGUUCCUCCCAAGGACGCCGUCCGUGCGUCAGACGAGCUGUACCACUUCGUCAUGUCGCGCAUGCCGCCGCACAAGCGACUGCACGGCGGUGUGCGCAUUGUCAAUGAGGUGCCGCGUAACCUGGCUGGUAAGCUGCUGCGCCGGCAAGCCCGUAAAGAUGAGGCAGAGCUGAUCAAGUCGAAGAUGGAGGAGGAGAAAGCGUCCAAGAACAAGUCACCAAAGGAGACGACGAAUCCGUCGGUCUCGGAUUGA